GGCCAAUCAAGGAGCUACAGCCAAAUUAAGCUGCAGCAACUCGAAGUCGGUGAGCUUCAAAGGCGCCUCACAUCAGACGGCGCUGCGACUACUGUAUUUCGCAGAUCGGUGAGUGAAGUAUAGUAUGUAGGAUGCAAGGAAGCGCUAGACCUCAAAUUAAAGGCCUUCACUUUCUCUCACCCUCCUCGCACAUUCCUUCCCAACUGCACAAUCCUGCGAGCCUCGUUCUCCCACAAUGAUCGCAGACUACUGUGCUCUUACAAGCCCUUUCGACUUGUUCACUGACCUCGACGAAAAGCUUGCCGCGCUUAACCGCGAGCUGUGCUUCGUCGCGAAGACAAUUGCUAGGCUUCAGCAUCGCCAUGAUGCUUCCCUCAUCUUCUCCAGCAGCAGCAAGCGCAGCUCAACUCAGCUUCAACCCAAAGCAGCAACCACGUCGACACCAACCCUGCAACGCAGGCAUACGGUGGACUCGAGCAUAAUGUUCCGGCGUUUACUCACACCUAGAAAGGGCAAUUCCGACGAUAUUGAAAGCCAUCCCACUUCGCCCAGCAAUACCGAGCAUCCUGCAUGUUUGACAUCCGGACCCAAGGCUCUGCGACCUUUACGAGACAACCAGACAGAUAUAGAGACCGCCAUACCGGACAGCCCUCCACCUGAAAAUAAAGGACUUGCGCGAGUCCGACCGCUGUCAGAAAGUCAAGGCUUACCAAUGGCGAGACCACCGCUAUCUCAGAGACUUCUAUCAUUACCAGAGUACGUACGAUAUAACUGACCUUAGGUCGGCUCCAGUCACUGAUGCCUCGGUAGCGGAAGUAUAUUGGAUACUGUAACACUCACUAUCGACGAGCGUUCUGCGGCAAUCUUCGAAAUUCCACGCAAGUUCGUUUCAGACCUCGCGGCCCACAAUGAACCGCAAACGACCAUCAUAAA